GAGAGAGAGAAGAUAUCUCAGGGAAUAGGCAUUGCAGUGGUGGCGGCGGCGACGGUGGUGCUGUGCCUGAUGGUGGUGACUGCAGAGGCAACUACCUAUACGGUAGGUGGUGCCGGUGGCUGGACCUUUAACAGUGUCGGCUGGCCCAAUGGGAAGCGCUUUAGAGCUGGUGACAUACUCGUGUUCAAUUACAACCCACAGGGACACAAUGUGGUAAGUGUGAACAAGGCUGGUUAUGAUAGUUGCAAGGCACCAGCUGGAGCCAGGGUGUUUUCUUCUGGGAAAGAUCAAAUCAAGCUUGUCAAGGGUCAGAACUUCUUCAUAUGCUCACUCCCUGGCCAUUGUGGUUCUGGAAUGAAGAUUGCUGUUACCGCAGCUUAACCAACCCAUACCCUCUUCUUCAUGCUCCCAUCCCAUCUAUAUAUAUAUAUAUAUAUGUUUAGAGAGAGAGAGAGAGUGAUGGAGGUAGGUACUAGUGAGCAUAUAUAUUAAGGAAAUAAAGUUGGUUUGAAUGAGCAGCAUAUAUAUAUAUGCAUGCCUUUGUCUACCACUAUCUAUGUAAUAUAAAUGUAUCAUGUAUGGCAUUGGUCA